GGGCCGGUCCAGUUGGAUGAACAACAACUCACAACCCGACCCGACCCACAAAUUCGGGUCGACUCUUUUCCAUCCGCAAAUUAAUCUCCACUCUUUCUUCUCCCCACAAAUCAACCAAUUGCAGAUAUUCGGACGUACCUUAGACUAAUUUUACGUGAUAUAGGCUUGCAUGCACCUCAACUAAUUCAAGUAAUAUCUGGGUCAGCUUGCAUGCGCCUGACUGUCGCCUUCCACCAGCAAUAGGACCCAAAACUGGGUACAAUCAAAGCUUCCUAUAUGACAGCACCAAAACGACUGCAACAAGAAGUGCCAUCAGUCGACAUCGAGGAGUACUCUGCAUCAAAGACUCUGAUUCCUUUUGACCGAUCAGUCCCUCUACUUCGAGGUCCCAUCAAGGCUGGCUCACACGAAGAAUCAGCUGGGCGAUUCAUCCUCGCAUUUAAAGACCCCAUCUCCUGGACCUCUGCAUACAAGGCUUGUGUGUCUCAAGUCACUCAGCAAUGUGAAUCCGGAGCUAGGAUUGGUUGCUCCAUCGCAGCCUCGGACAAAUGUAAAACCCCUUGGUGGAAAUCAUUCACUGGCAGUGCUUCCAAUCAAGACUUUGCAGAGAGGGCGAGAUGUGAAGAACGUGAAAUGGAGACUUGCCUUGAAGCAGCAAAGGGGAAGUGCCAUGAAUUUGCAAAGCAGAAGUGCUUCCCAGCAUUUCGUGAUGCAAGGAUUGCAGUAAAAGAUUCGAGUCCCAAGAUCAACAAAAAAGAGUUAUCCAGACUAAUUUCUUGGGUGAACUCAGGGGAGAAGUAUCAGAUAGCUGAUCUUUGGAGAUUAGAUAGGCCUUGGCUUGAGUUUAAGGCACAACUAGAAGUGUCUUAUUGCAAAGGGAGUGAUAUAUUGGGUUCAGAUGACACUGAAAUUAGUGAAUAUUUGAGAACUAUUAAUAUUCAAAAAUAGUACAUUGAGUAGUUUAGUCGAGGGUCUAUUGGAAACAACCUCCUGCCCUUACAAGCUAGGGGGUAAGGCUGCGUUCAUGUUGCCCUCUUCACAGGAUUACACUAGUUAUGUUGUUUUGAGUAGUUUGAUUAGACUGAUGUUUUAUGUAGGCACACAUUCUUGUCUGCUUGAUCCAGUACUUCAAGAAAUCUUUCUUUUGCUUCUUGUA